CUAUUCUUCUGGUUUCCAAUGUCAUGUCAUGUCAUGUCAUGUCUAUAUUCUGAAAUUAAUUCUUCCUAAAAUGAAAUGCAAAACCUUCAAGACAUAAGUAUAAGUAUUCUCGAUUUAACUAAAAGGGGAAAAGACAAGAAGACAUUGCAGUUUCAGUUUGCCACAAUAACGAUAAUAAUAAUAAUAAUUCCCCAUAAUUUCUGCCGAUGUUUGUAUGAACCAUAACGGUUCGUGGCAAUGGCAGCCAUGGAUGAACCCGACGAGAAGAAAGCGACAACCCUCCCGUUAAAAUCGGUAGAUGCGUGCAAUUUUAUAUCCACCGGACCAGUUCCCGUAAACACCACCGGAGUUUAAUAUUUGAUUAGGUGAAGUGUUUUCUCAAAUCUAAUCCCUUUAUUAGCUCAGUUCAAGCAAUCCACUGGCUACUGCUGAGCCGUCCCAUUCGGUGGUGGCGUCGACGUUGUUUUUGUUUGUGUCUCUGCCUCGAUCUCUCUCGAAAUUCACAGCUCAGCUUUGCCCUGUAGUCCCGAUUUCGUGUCCCCAUUAUGUUUCCCUCAUCACCAGAGGACUAUUAGAUCGUAAAGGUUGGAGCUUUUUCGCUACUGGUCCGCCGCUGUCGAAACCCAGAGAAAGGUACGAUCUGUAGAUUACGAAAUUUGGGUUGUUGUUGGUAUGCUUGAAUUUGUAAUCAGCUGGGUUUGAUGUUCGUUCUUGCUGGUAGCUGGGGGGGAUUGGAUAAAAGAUUUGAACUUUCGGGUUUGCUUGAGAAUUUGCAGCAGGUUUUUUAGUGUUUAGGCUGAUGAUUAUUGGUGGGUUUCUAGUUUGGAGAAUUGGGUUCGGUUUUGAUUAAUUCAGGUGGGCUUCUUCAAUUGCUAGGUCUUGCUUGACUGCAGACGGCUUCUUUGCUCGGUGUUUUAACAAUGGUCCAGAUAAGGGAAAAGCGUGGUGACCUGAUGCAGUGGCUUGGAGUUGACAUGCUGAUUCAGGUUCUGAUGCAUUUAAAUGACCCUUCUGAUCUCGUUCGCCUUUGUGCUGUUUCGAGUUCUUGGCGCCGGUUUGUGAUUGAACAUGGCAUCUGCAAGCAGCUCUGUUUGAGGAAGUUUCCUGGAAUGUGUAGUAACGUUGAUCUCAUCGAAGUGAAUGAUCUUAUUGAACCAGUUGGCCGGGUUAGUGCUUGUAGGAGGAGUUGGGAGUGGCUCAAGAGGAAUCAUAGAGUAUACGCUUUUCUGGCUCGUGGUCUUUCUCCAUUUGUGACGAAAGACUGCAUCUCGGAGGCAAUCUGUGCGUCCAGCACUGAUAAUUACCCGGAAGAGACGAUUCAGAAUACCUUGGAGGCAGGCGAUAGAGUUGAGGAUCAAGCCUCCUACUGGUCUAGUAAAGGUCAAGCUGAUGCUGACGCUCCUGAAAGAUUAGUUUACAAGUUGGCAUCCAAGUUAUGUCUUGUUACCGAAAUCCAUGUUCAGCCUUUUCAAGCGUACUUUCAGUAUGGAUUCCCUAUAUACGCAUCCAAAAGUGUUCGAUUUAGGCUCGGUCAUUCCAAGUUCCCAAUGGGGUUGGAGGAUGAUAUAGCGAUCGUUACCUAUGGCCAUAGACCGAGAGAUGACCAUUUUAUCUGGACUUACACAUCCCCUGACUUUCCCAUGGCUCAGGAAAGCCGACUGCAAAAGUUUAAGCUACCAAAACCAGUUCUCUGCAUAGGUGGGAUUCUGCAAGUAGAGCUACUCGGCAGAACUCAGAGACAAGAAGUAGAUGGUUUACAUUACAUCUGUCUCUCCCAUGUUCAAGCAGCUGGACAGCAGCUCAUGAAACCAUUCGGCGUUGAGCUAAUCGACUCAACUGGAGAGUGCACCUUGGAGUAUAUUCCAGAAGCAGAAUCUAGUGAAGCGGCCAGUGCAUCCCUAAGAGGGAGAAGAAUAGCAGCUUCUCUUUUGCGCAGUUUUGUUGUCAGACUGUUGGGGAGAGAAACAAGGGAUCAAGGUAACGCCUCCCACCAAGCUAGCUCCUGAAUGUGGAGAUUGUAGUAUCUGUGACUGGUCGUCAAUCAUCAGGCAUGAACUAAUUGAAUCCGUCUCUAUGCUAUGGCUUCUACUAUGUGGGUAUUCGUUCUCAUAGAAUACUGGUAAUAAUGAAAAUGUUUAUCAUAU